AUGUUCGACGAAGACGCCACCGCACUUGUUAUCGACAACGGCUCGGAAAUGUGCAAGGCAGGUUUUGCCGGCGAUGAUGCUCCUAGAGUCGUGUUUCCGUCCAUCGUUGGCAGACCACGCCAUCAGGGUGUGAUGCGAUGUAAGGGUCAAAAGGACAGCUACGUCGGUGAUGAAGCCCAGUCCAAGAGAAACAUCCUGAGCCUCAAGUACCCUAUAGAGCACGGCGAAGUCACCAACUGGGAUGACAUGGAGAAGAUCUGGCAUCAUACUUUCUACAACGAGCUGAGAGUUGCCCCUGAAGAACAUCCAGUUCUGCUGACCGAGGCUGUUCGCAACCCUGAGGCUAACAGAGAAAAAAUGAUAGAGAUGAUGUUUGAGACCUUUGGCACACCUGCCAUGUACGUAUCCAUCCAAGCAGUUCUGUCUUUAUACGCCUCGGGUCGCACUACAGGUGUUGUAAUAGACUCAGGGGUUAGUUCAACUUAUCAUAUUCCAAUCUUCGAAGGGUAUGUCCUUACCCGCAACUUCCCUCGAUGGAUAAGUUUGGGUGGCUGUCAAGUUACAGAUUACCUAACGAGGAUCCUGAGAGAGCGCGGCCACAGUUUUGCGACCUCUGCUGAAAGGAAAUAG